AUGGAUGCCAUCUUCGCCCUCCCACUCGCCAUCUCCACACUUUCUUCUUUCGGCGCAAGUGUGAACCUUAUCGCUUUCUACGUGAUCUGGGCGACAUUGGUCUUCUCCUCCAACCCGGUGCGCAUCGAACUAGUCGGGACUGCAGCCGUGCGCCUUCUAUUCUACGUGUUUCCCUCCUUGCUAUUCUUCCUAUUUGACAUUUUGAUUCCUUCUCUUGCCGUGGUCCUAAAGGCGCAUGGCGAAAAGGGACUACCGGGUGGUAAGAAACGGGGCAGGAUUCGAUUGAAGGAAAUCAAGGUUGCAGGAUGGGCGCUGCUCAACAUUGUCUUGAGCAUUGCCGCGCAGGCUGGUAUUGAAUAUUUUCGGAUUCGAGUGUUGGGAUGGCGGAGGGCACUUAGGGUUCAGGUAAAAUUGCCUAUGCCAUGGGAGAUUGUGACGGAUUUGGCCAGGGUGCUUUUAAGUAGGGAGGUUCUAUCGUAUAUCCUCCACCGUUUUGGUUGCCAUUCACGGAGAUCCAUACCCUUCAUUGCCUCGUCUCAUCAGACUUGGUACCAUGCUCUUCAUGCUCCGUUUCCUCUAACGGCUCACUACGACCAUCCUAUCGCCUACCUCCUAACUAGAUUCGUCCCGACCUACUUCCCUGCCAUGUUCUUCCGUAUACACCUCCUCACCUUCUUCCUCUACCUCGCCCUGAUAUCCAUUGAGGAGACAUUCGCCUACUCCGGAUACGUAUUGAGACCCGCAAGCUUCUUCCUGGGCGGUGUUGCUCGCAGAGCGGAUAGACAUGUGCUAUGUCAGGGCAAGGGCAACUUCGGACCAUGGGGACUACUGGACCGGAUUUGCGGGUCUAAUGCUGUAAUGGAGGAAGAAGAUGAAGAGAAGGACAAGGAGAGGGAAAAGGAUACAGUGAAGGGAAAUGAGAAAGAGAAGUCGACAGAGAUAAUAGGGCAAGAAAACAACAUCACGAAUCAUCAUAAUAAUGAGGGCGAAAAUGAUGAAGUUAUCGAAAUUGAUAUCGAUGAAAUCGCGAAGAUGAUCGAAGCACCGAAACGGAGGUCCAGGACUAGUUCGAGGAAAAGUGGCACGACGCCUGUGAAGAGAAGGCUCAAAAGGGGAAGAAGAAGUCAUGAUGGAUAUGACCAUGGUGACUACAAUUGGCGUCCUCGUCAUGAUUAA